UUUGUCCUGACCAUGUGCAAGGAUGUGAUGGCACGAGGACUGGAAAAAUUAUCAACAUGUCCAUGUAGUGAAGGUGCUUUAAAGCUGUGGGUGUAGCCAGAGGGUGUUUUACAGGUGAAGCAGCACAGGAGCGUUGUGGUUCACUGCCGGACACCCCAUUUCCCAUCAUCCCAGUUAUUCCCUGAUGUGAAAAGAGGUUGGGAAGGGCACAAGCAGUAAAGCCUCGUGGCUGAGCCUCUCUGGCAGCCCCCAGCCCCUUUGCUGAGGGCUAGGCAGAGCCAGGGCUGUAUUUUGGCUGAGCAGGAGAGCUGGGGGGUGAGUUUGAGGGUGCUGCCCACUCCCCAUGCCUUGGCAGGCCUUUGGGGCUUUCCUUCGCGAGCCGAGGCGAGGUGGGUUAUACAUAGCAGGCAGCUAACGCUGCCGAUUAAUGCCAUGGCACCUGCCUCGCCCGCCUCGCAUGUCGUUAAGGAGAUCAGCACUAAUGAAGGGGGCUCCUCUGGGGGCCGGGGAAGAGCCUGGGGAAGAGCAGGGACGUGGCAGAGCAAAUCUGGUGCCAGGGAUGCAGAAAAGGGACCCCUGUGGCUGAUAGCAGGAGAUCUAGGGCAUGACUUUGAGGAGCCCCAAGACAUCAGUUAGGGGCUGGGUGUGGGUUGGGGGCCCCAGCAUCACCCCGCGGCCAUGGCCGGGUACCAGUGAGCAUCACUGCCCAGCAAGGAUGCUCCCAGCUGGAUCUGCCCAGCCUCAUGAAAGCCCAUCAUCCUGAGAUCACUUCUCCUAUGACUCACCCCAGGUGACCCCAAUAUCUUCAUCCCCAAAACCUCCUUUUUUAUGUUUUCUACACAGUUUUUUUGCCUCCCCCUGCUUCCCCCUUCUCACCUCAUCCUCCCUUUGAUUCCUGUAAGUGAUUCUGUGUUGUGGCUGCGGAGCCUUUGCAACUUGGAAAAAACAUUUUAUUUAACCUUCCUUCACUUUAAAGAGCAUAAUUACAUUUUAAUCUCAUAUUCUGGCGUUAUCAUUCCAGACACAGAGUCAUUUGAAUGCAGAUCAUUCCUAGCUAAUGUAAUUUUACGAUACAGUAAUGAAGAGAUGGAGCAUGAGCAUGUAACACCCAAUUUAGAGCUGACAUUUGGGUUUCUUUUAAAGAAAAGUUUUCCCAGCCGAGGGCUUUUGCGUCCUCCUUGGUCCUGCAACGCAAGUGGGUUUCGGCUCCCGCUGUGAAGGGAUGGAUUUGGACGGGGAAACGUGGCCAGUGCUAAUAAUAUUGGUCAUUAAAGCUGCCCACAGCGGCUCCACGUGGGUGAUUCAGCAUCUCUGGUGAUGGGCACAAGGCAAAUUUGGGAACUCAACGCUCCCUUGGUCCCAGGGAGACCUGGCUCAGGGGCUGUGGUUACCUUCAUCCCUCUUAGCGGGGAAUUACCCUCAUUUUACCUAUCAAAAAUCCCAGGAGUCCCCCAAAACCCAGGACCAUCACCUCUGAGGUUGACACACACCUCCAAAAUCACAGGGCAGGAGACAGAAGCAGGCUGGGACCCCCAACACCGCAGGCGUCACCCCAAAAUAGAUGCUUUCCCUUACCUCUGCAUGCCUCAGUUUCCCUUGGGUGGUGAAGUGAUGCUCUGGGGUUCAUCCCGCUCCCACAUCCCUUGCUGGUGCCUACAAAACCUCACAUGGUGCUCACUUUGCUUUUCAAAGCAUUUUGAUUUUGCCAGGGUGGAUUGCACAGGUUCCUUUGGGAUGCUCAAGCAGAGCAGCAGCCCCUUCAGUGCCCCAGCUAUCACCGUCCCACCUCGUGCCAACUGGGACUGAGCCAGGCCUGGUGGCUGAUCUGGCAGAAAAGGGAUGCUAACGAGGGUGAGAAAAUGAGGGAUGCUGAGGGUGAGAAAAUGAGGGAUGCUAACAAGGGUGGGGAAAAGCCAUGCUCCAGCUACCUGAAGGGAUCCCCAGUCUGAUUCUUAUGGGUCUCUGCUUCAGUUCCCUACCUUUGAUGAAGAUGAGUUCAGGGUGGGCUGAAGGGUAGAAAACCACCCCAGGGGCUGGACCAUGGCUGGCAGCAACCACCCCAUUGCACACCCUGUCCCCUGCAGCACCCCAGAACAGCCCCUCCUCAUCACCAUGAGCCAAGCCCAGAAUUUGGGCUGUGGGGGAUGCUUGUUAGGCACCUGAUUCCCAUCUGCAUAUUAAUUUCACAUUGCUGAGGUCACCCUUGGUGUUGCUGGAAGGAGGAUCUGUGACCAGCAUGAAUACUCAUGGCUGGAUGGUGCAGGGCAGGAGGGGUUUGUUGCUGCCGUUUGCCCCAUACCAAUGUUUCCAACAGCCCAUCGGUAACACAAACGCGCUGGGUCUCGGCACGGCUGGGACCUGCUGGUUGCCAACAGGAGGGCUGAUGCCAGCCCCAAAGGUGUCUUUUUCAUCUCUCCCAUUGCUGAUGGUUUCUCUGCCUUCUUGUUUUGUGGAGAAAAAGGGGCGGGUGAGUCGUGGGUGGCAAUGGUCCGUCCCUUUGGGCCUGGGUUGUGGCAGGGUCCUGCUCUACACCCCACAGCUCUGUGGUCCAGCGCUGCAGCUAAGCCCCUUUAGUUUAGGUGCAGCUUUGUGCAGCCCAGAAUUCUUCCCCUGCCCUGACCCCAUCACUCCUCUCCCACAUCCCCUCCCAAGCUGGCAUUCCUCCCCGAAGCUGCAUCUUCUGAAUGAGCAUCCCUGCCCAAAUCAGCAUCGCUCCCAGACCAGCGUCUUCUGAAUGAGCAUCCCUGCCCAAAUCAGCAUCGCUCCCAGACCAGCAUCCCCCUGAAACCAGCACCCCUCCCAAAAUCCACAUCGCUCUCAAACAAACAACCCUCCAAAACAGCAUCCUCCAAAGCAACAACCCUCCCCAAACCAGCAUCUUCUGAAGGAGCCCCCCUCCCCAGACCUGCAUCCCUCCCCACGAGCUCCCUGGGGUGGCCUGUGCCCCUUGGAGCAGCCCCGGCUCUGGGCAGAGGGGUGAGAUUCACCAGCCCUAAGCACUGCCACUUGCGCUCCUGCACUGAAUCAUCUCAAUUACAGAUUUGCUUGGAUGUGAUUUGGGGAAAAAAAAAACAACCCACACACACAACAAAAAAACAACCCAGCCCUCUCCUUCCUCCUCCUCCUCCCCUGGGAAGGGGUGACAGCAGCAUAAAUAGCAGCUUGCGCAGCACGGGGCCAGAUGCAAAGCGAGCGGCAGGGCGGCCGGCUUCCCCUGGCACGCGUGGCACAGCUGCGGGCACCCUCCACCAUGGCAGAGCCUUCGCUGCCCCUCUCCUUCCUCUGCCUCCUCGCCUUGUCCUCUGCCUGCUACAUCCAGAACUGCCCCCGGGGCGGCAAGCGGGCGCUGGCUGACACAGCCCUCCGACAGUGCAUGCCCUGUGGCCCCGGGAACAGAGGCAACUGCUUUGGCCCUGGCAUCUGCUGUGGUGCAGAGCUUGGCUGCUACCUGGGCACGGCAGAGACCCAGCGCUGCGCCGAGGAAGACUACCUGCCUUCACCCUGCCAGGCUGGCGGCCAGCCCUGCGGCUCCGGCGGCCGCUGUGCUGCGCCCGGCAUCUGCUGCACUGCCGAAACCUGUGCAAUGGAUGGCAGCUGCCUGGACGAAGGCAGCGACGGGGCUCAGGAGGCGGCGGAGAAGAACCUGACGGUGCUGGAUGGCUCGGCCGGGGAUCUGCUCCUCAAGCUCAUGCACUUGGCGAACCGGCAGCAGCAGCAGCAGGGCAAGCAUCCCCUCCUCUGAGCCAGGGCACCGGGCAUCCCCUGCCCCCACACCGAUCCUCCCA